AUGUCGGAUCCUAUACCAAUACCUCACUCCAAAACGGAAACCGCCCUAGAUGAGAUGACCUCCCACGACAUCGCUGGUAGUGUUGGUUCCGAUCACACAGGCUCAUUCACAGGUGCUUUGACGCCGGGUUAUCAGUCGGGAUAUCAGUCGUCCAGCCCUGGAAGUCCAUACCUCCUUUCCAGGAAUCCCUCCUACGUGGGUAGCCAAUCUUUGCAGGAGGACUGGGAGGUUCCUCUCGAUAAACUCACCUUUUUCGACAUCUUCGACAAUCUCGCUCUACCGGCCAAGAUCGAAAAAUGGCAGGCGACUAUACAGGCCCAGAAAGAGAAGCUGGCGCGCCAGCAGGAGAGGAUAAGGAGCUCGGGCAACAAUGCGAAAGAUCGCGCCGUGGCCGAAUGGCGCAAGCGAGUCCCUCCGGCCGACGAACAGCUGGCCAGAUAUCGAUCGCGCAUGAAGAAGUCGGUGGAUGAUCUGAACAAGAGAUGGAACGAAGUGGUUACAAUCUCGAUCCGCGAAAAGGUUUCGUUUAUUUCCGCCGUCCUCAACGUCUUCAUCAGUGGGUACCUGAUAGGGGCUGUACCCCAGUAUUUCUACUGGUGGUAUACGAUACAGCUCAUCUACUUCAUGCCCAUACGAGCCUACACCUACCACCGCAAGGGCUAUCACUACUUUUUGGCCGAUCUGUGUUAUUUUGUCAACUUCCUCGUUCUCUGCAGCAUCUGGGCCUUUCCUCGCUCAAAACGUCUCUUGAUCAGCGCCUACUGUCUGGCCUACGGUAACAACGCCGUUGCCAUUGUCCUGUGGAGAAACUCGCUGGUUUUCCAUUCACUGGACAAAGUUACCAGCCUGUUUAUCCACGUUAUGCCUCCGGUGGCAUUGCACUGCAUGGUCCACCUCACCCCCGACGAAUACCUGCUCAAACGCUUUCCUGCCGUGCAUGCCAUCAAAUGCAGCGCAAAGGGUUCCCCCGGACACUAUGAACUAGCCGCAAUGCUCCUGUGGGCUACCAUUCCCUACGCGGUCUGGCAAUUGUCCUACCACUUCUUCAUCUCUGUCCGGCGUGCCGAGAAGAUUGCUGCUGGAAGGCCCACAUCGUUCACGUGGCUUCGUCGUUCGUACGCGAACACGUGGAUUGGCCGGCUGGUCAACUCUCUGCCAGACUAUCUACAAGAGCCGGCGUUUAUGGUGAUUCAAUACCUGUACGCCUGCCUCACGAUAAUCCCGUGCCCGAUAUGGUUCUGGUACCGAUGGCCCAGCGCGUUGUUUUUGUUGUUCGUUUUCAGCUGGUCUGUGUGGAAUGGUGCGAAUUACUAUAUGGACAUCUUCGGCAAGCGAUUCCAAAGAGAGCUGGAACAGAUGAAGCGCGACGUGGCCAAAUGGCAGAACUCUCCGGGAGCGAUGUUCAGUCCACCGCACGGGCCCGUGGAUUCGGACGUAAAUUUGAGUGCGACAAAGGAGGAUCCGAGCCGAAGACAUGAGAAAAGGCAAUCCAUCGACAAAAUCCCGCUGUUGGACGACACAGGGCACCCGCAGCAGAACGGGGAUGCAAACAGCAGCCCGAAUUUGGAAGCUAAUGCAAGGGCCACGGGCGCCGAGAUCCUGAAUGACGCGAACGGCAACAUUUUGGAUAGGAAGAAUGUUUCGGGACCGCUCACGGGGGCAACAAUGUGA